AUGGCUGCUGAAAUGGUGGAUCUCAAGGAAAGACUCAUGACAGAAAUGGAUGCCCUCAACCACGAGAUGGAUGACAUCAGGGUAGGAAACAUCGUAGUUGCAAGCAUGCUCCAUGAUCUUAAGAAUCACUUCUACUCUCUCGAAGUUGGGUAUGUUAAAGUCCCUACAGAGUCCAAGGCGAUGAAGAUGAAGGUGAAAAAUGUCAAAGGUUUUCUAGGGUUGUCACAAUGGUUGGCAUGGGGCUUUAAAUGGGUGGAUUUGGUUUUUGGUGAUGGAUGA